AACUCCUUAACUAACCUUAAACCUGUUAAUCCACACAGAGAGAGAGAGGGUCCGGGUCCAGGUGGGCCUUUAUACCCGACAAACUUCACACGACACAUCUUUCUACUCCGGUACCGCUUGUAAACGUGUCAACGUAUCAACGUCCGAAUGGCCGUGAGAGAAGGAGUCACGCCAAAUAAUAGAAGAAGAGAGGGACGAUCCGGACGAUACGGGCGAUACUUGCGACAAUGGACGGCUGGAAGAGCCGUGUCGUCUCUCGCGUCCGCCCAACGAAAUCUCAAUCUAUGACGCAGGAGCAGGAGCAGUCGACGAGAGACUGUAAUGGACAAGAACAAGAGGUGGAUAUGGCUGGUAAUAAUAAUAAUGGAAUCAAUCGACGAGAGGGGUGUCUGGGGCAAAGUAGUAGGCACGGACAAUUGCAAGGAGGGGAAAAUAAUAGUCGGGGGAAUACAGCAAUCGCAGAGGAAGACAAUCAUCGGAGAAACGGAGGAGCGGAAGAGGAAGAAGAAAAUAAUGCGCCUGGUGGAUUCAAAGGGGCUUGCAGACGCACACUGCGAUCGGUAGCCAAGUUUGCAAAGUUUCUGGGUCCUGGCUUUUUGGUGUCGGUGGCAUAUAUCGACCCGGGAAACUAUUCGACCGAUGCAGCCGCAGGUGCUUCGUACAGAUUCCGUCUUCUCUUCAUCAUCUUAAUGUCUAAUGUCUUUGCCAUUUUCUUGCAAUCGCUCUGCAUCAAGCUGGGAACAAUCACGGGCAUGGAUCUGGCCGAAAACUGCAGAAUACAUUUACCCAAAUGGAUGAACCUUACGCUCUAUGUUUUUGCCGAGGCGGCCAUUAUCGCGACAGAUAUUGCAGAGGUCAUCGGAUCUGCAAUUGCGUUGAACAUUUUGAUCAAAGUCCCUUUGGUGGCUGGGUGCGCUCUCACACUGGUCGACGUUCUCCUUAUUCUGGUCUUUUAUAAUCCCAAGGGAACGAUGAAUCGCUUGCGCGCGUUUGAGUUUUUCGUUUGCGCAUUGGUCAUUGGAGUGGUGAUAUGCUUCUGCAUACAAUUGUCACUCAUCAAGGGCGUUACUGUGGGCGAGGUGCUCAAGGGCUAUCUCCCGUCGAAAGCAAUUGUUGAAUCCCAGGGGCUCUAUCAAAGCUGUGGUAUUCUCGGUGCCACCGUGAUGCCGCAUAGUCUAUACUUGGGCAGUGGCGUGGUUCAAUCGCGGCUACGUGACUUUGACAUUCGCGCUGGAAACUUUCCGGACCCUGCGCAACAGCCAUCGACCUCAGAAGCUGAAGGCGAACUUCGGAAAUAUCGGCCGUCUCUCGCUGCGAUUCGGUCCUGUCUAUCUUACUCGGUUGCAGAGCUCGUCAUGGCGCUCUUCUCCUUUGCACUUUUUGUCAACAGUGCGAUUUUGAUCGUGGCGGGAGCUUCCUUGUCAUCUACUCCCAAUGCCGAUGAGGCAGAUCUCUUUGAGAUUCAUGAUAUUCUUUCUAGAAACGUGUCACCCGGGGCGGGGACCGUUUUCGCUUUGGCACUUCUCCUCUCCGGUACUUCGGCAGGCAUUGUCUGUACUAUUGCAGGUCAGAUGGUCAGCGAGGGAGCUAUAAACUGGACCAUUGCACCCUGGCUUCGUCGGCUGAUUACACGAACAAUAUCCAUCCUGCCUUCUAUUGUCAUUGCCGCAGCAGUGGGCAGGAGAGGACUCACCGCUGCCUUGAACGGCAGCCAGGUUGCUCUCAGUGUCAUCCUGCCCUUUGUCACUGCGCCGCUCAUCUACUUCACGUGCCGCGGACAUAUCAUGACCGUGGCUGUCAACGAACGGGCCGAAUUGGACCAUGGCCAGCCCGUCGAAUCAAGCGUGGAAACUCCAAAUGAAGCACACCAGACCCUUGGCAUAGACGACGGUGCUGGUAAUAGUACGGUAGUUUCGAAUGCGCGUGACGCUCCUGCGACUGGCCCGCCUGCGCUGGCGUAUACGGAUGAAUCUGAACAAUCACAGCCCCAGACGGUCCACCUGCAAAAUAACUGGGUAACGUCUAUAAUUGCAUUUCUCAUUUGGCUGGUCAUUGCCGUUAUGAACGUUGCAUUGCUUGUACUCGUUGGCAUGGGCAAAGCAUAGCCUUUCCCCAUUUCGCUCGCCUUUUCCAUCUCUUUGCUUGCAUAUACCCAUUUUCCAUUUUCCAUUUUCCCUUUGUUACCUGAUUUCCUUUGCAUCUCAACUCGUCAAGCUUCCUCUGCAUAUUCCGCUCCUCACGCCCUGCCGUUCAUGUCAGAAACUAUAUAUGUGCUUAUUUCAUAUUAACUUGUCGCCCUAAAAACCUUUAGCAUCUAGCAUUAUCUGCAUCAGCGCAUCAUCAGCGUUCACACCUUAUUGUAUUGCAUCUUCAUUGUAUAUAUUUUCUUUUUAAAGAGCAAAAGGGGAAUAAAUAUUGAGGAUAUCAAUGUAUAUACCAAACGUUAUACUUCAAAUAAGAAAAAAAAAACCAUAAAC